UGCGCCCUCCCGCCCUCCCGCUCCCCUUCUUGGCCUUUAAUCGCACAUCGGCAGGCCUACGCGCCACCGCCCUCGCCCUCCUCCCAUCCUCCCCCAACCGGCGCCCGCUCCACAUGUCCGGACAGUCGAGCUACCGCUUCAAGCAGAACACCAGCAUCCCGGCUGGCGCUGGUGCUAGCCCCCCGGCGGCCGGGGCCCCGCCGCGCAUCCUGGUCAUCGGUGCUGGCGUCAUUGGUGUCACGACGGCCCUGGCCCUGCAGGCGCAUCCGGCCCUGCAGCUGGGCGUUGUCCCGUCGGAGGCUAGCGCCCCGGGGAGCUCCCUGCCGGCGGUGGCCUUCCAUCCGCGCCUCGCCGGGCCGGUGUCGCCUCAGCAGCCGGCGCCCCAGCGGUCGGUCUCCGCGCCGCAUGUGGAGAUCUGGGCCGCCGACUUCCCCCCUCACACCACCUCCAAUGUGGCUGGUGCCUAUUGGUUCCCCUUUAACAUCCACCCGGCUCACCGUGUCGAGCACUGGGCCGAGCGCACCAAGCAGGAAAUGGAGCGUUGGGUGGCGACUCUCGGGUCGGAGACCAUCGGCGUCCGGCCGAGCGUCAUGGCGCAUGUCGAGCCUCAUGGGCAGGUGUCGCUGGCCGCGCACAAGUCCGCCGCCGAUGAGCGCCCGGAUGUGCAGAUCCCGGCCGGCCAUGACAUGGUUGAUGGGGGUAAGACCCUGCUCAUCGAUCCGGACAUUUGUCUGGGGUAUCUCUUCGCACGCUUCCUCGAGCAGGGUGGCGUGACGAAGCGGAAGUUCGUCAAUGACCUGUCCGAGGCGCUGUGCCCUUCUCUCGGCUUUGAUGCGGUUAUCAACUGCACGGGCCUUGGCAGCCGCGAGCUGGUUGGCGAUGCGCGCGUCUACCCGGCCCGUGGCCAGAUCAUUGUGGUCAAGGGUGUGCAGGCCUGUCCGACCGUCUAUAGCGUCCGCACUGGGCCUCUAUCUCUGGGCUACAUCAUUCCCCGCAUGCAUGAUACCGUACUUGGCGGCACCUAUGAGGAGCAUGAUGAGUGCAUGCGCGUCCGCAGCGAGACCACCGACGCCAUCCUUGCCCGCACGCGCGGGCUUUCCUGCGGCCGGCUUACAGCCGAGGGUAGCAAGAAGGUGGAAAUCCUGCGCGAGCGUGUUGGGCUGCGGCCCUGUCGCGAUGAGGUCCGCCUUGAGCCGGAGUGGUUCCAGCUGGACCUAUCUACCGGCAAGGUGUUCACCCAUGGGACGGCUGCCAGCGGGGCCACCCCGGACUCGGCGCGUUACGCCAGCCGCCAGCCGAAUCCCGGCCACGGGGUCCCUUCGCAACAGGUCUCGCGCUUGGUGGUUCACAACUACGGCCAUGGUGGUGGCGGUUGGACUGUGGCCAUCGGCUGUGCCGAAGAGGCUGCCCACCAUGCGGUGGUCCAGCUCGCUCAAUAUCGUGACGCACUGGCCGCGGUGUCGGCGCGGGCGCACCUGUGAAACACUGCCCACAGUGUGGGGUCGAGAUGCGACAGGCACACAGGACUGUUGCCUCCUCCCUCCUGCCCUUCUCGGACCCCUGUCGGAGUGAGUAAUGUGCUUGUGAAAAUACACCUGCCCCAAGAAAUCCCCAGGCGUGAAAAACCUAUCCCGGGGGGCGAGGGGCUGAAAGAUG